AUGGCGGUCGACAAGCCAGGCGACACCGCUGUGGCCAAGUGCAGGAAGGCUGAGCAGCAGGAGCGAGCCCAGAUGGCCCCAGAGGACAUCCUCCGCUCAGCCCUCGCCAGGCAGAGCAACUGCAAGCAUGAGAUCGAGCGCCUGGAGGCCAAGGUGCAGGACCUCAAAGGGCAGCUCGACGACGCGACGGACCAGCUGGCCAAGGCACAGCAGCAGAUCGGGGGCAUGAACGCGGAGGUCGCUCAGGCCAGGCUCGCGAUGGGACCGCCCCCUGCGCCAGGCAUGGCGGAGGCGGCCACAGCGGUUGCCUCCCUCCAGCAGAUCCUGCAGGGCGCUCGGGAUUCCAUCACCGCGGGCCAGGAUCGCAACGUGGUGGGCGGCUCCAUCCUGGACUCCCUGGCGGACCACAUCAACAGGGUGGGCGUUGCUGUACCUACCCAGGGCGCCGCUUUUCGCGCCGCAGGCGGGCAGCCUGCAGGCGCCAGCGCCACAUCGACAGCAGCACCACCACCCGCUGGAGUCGUGCCCGCCGCCACGGCCCCAGCAGCAGCCGCAGGCAAGGGCGUCAUCAACAGCUUCCAGUACGUACCCCCCGCAGCAGAAGCGGUGGCAUGGGAGAAUGGGGGCGUCAUUGACGGGUUUGAGAGUCUACGCUCUUGGGCUGUGGCAGUACACGUACAUGUAGGACCGACGGGUGGUAUCAUUGUGGGCUGUGCCUACUUGGAGUCGGUGGGGGCCAGCGACCACCUCACCGCGAACUACAAGAAGCUCAUGCGCAUCGGAGAGGCCUUGCGCUACUUCUCGGCCCCGUACAUCUUCGCGGCCGACUGGAACGCUGAGCCGAGCCUCCUCGACGAGCUCGGAUUCAUGCAGGUGCUGCCCGCCAUCGCGGUGGCGCCCCCCACUGGCACGUGCAGGGCGGCCACCACUGGCAACCUCAGCACCAUCGGCUACUGGCUCACCUCGCCCGAUUUCGCGAAGGUGUGCAUGGCGCCUCGGGUUAUGGAUGAAUGGGCGCCCCGACCGCACUACCCAGUACGUCUUGACCUUGCAGCACGACCUAGGGUCCAUCUACAGCUUCACCAUCGUGCUCCGAAGCCGUUCCCACGGCAACAGCCGCGCUUCGCGGGCGCCAGCCCGCUGCCUGGCCCACCGCUACCGAAGCCGUACAUCGAGGUCGUUCAAGGGGAUGCACGUCGUGGACCACCAGAAGGCGCUCAAGCUGCUCAGCAACGCUUGGAUGCGCUGUACUCCACAUUCACCACCUUCGUGGAGCAGGACCUCAGCCACAUCUACCAGAUCCAGGAAGCAGAGCGCUACUGUGGCAGGGCCGCGCGACCUACAUAUGUCUGGAGGCCAGUUGGAGGCCCACCACUUCGACCAGGUCGGCCCGCUGCGGGAGCGGAGGCCCGCUACAUGAGGAAUUUGGCGCUGGCGCUCCAGGACCUAGUCAGAUCCAUCACGCAUCAGUCCGAUCCAGCGGUUCGGUGGCAGAGGCUGGCGCGUGCUCUGCGUCCUGGCCACAGGCAGGGCAUUCACUCACAGGAAGGCGCAUUCUUGUAUGGGGCGGCAUGGCGUUUCAUACAUUAUGCGGUCAUGCAGGAUUCCCACGUCUGCCGCACCUUGUUCACCGCAUACGCGUCCACAGUCGAGUCUCACGCUGAGCAGUUGGAGUCCCAGGCGGCUCGGAAGCGCACGGAUCAGUUUCGCAAGUGGGCCCAGGACGCCAUGGUCACGGGAGCUCCCCCCCUCUUCGGCAUGACGAAGCUGAAGGGCUGGGCGCACAACGAGGUGGACAGGUUCGGCGUCCGCACGGCUUUGCCGCAGGCCGUGGCCGACAGCCAGAUGGAUUUUUGGAACGACAUCUGGAAAGGGGAUGUGGUCUCACCGAAGCCAGACAAGGAUAUGGUCAUGAAGGGCUUCGGCGACAUCGCAGCCCUGCAGGGUGGCAACAUCAUCAACGAGCACACCACCACGCAGCUAGAUGGCAUGGAAGGAAACAUUUCGGAUAUACGAUGCACCAUGUCGAAGGACGUUUUGCCAGUGCAGACCAUCGACGAGAUCAGUGCCGCCUCCAGGACCUUCGCGUGGAAGACAG